AUGGCGGUGCGCGCGCAAUUCGAGAACUCCAACGAGGUCGGUGUCUUUUCCACCUUGACCAAUUCCUAUGCCCUGGUCGCCCUCGGUGCGAGCGAGAACUUCUACAGUGUCUUCGAGGCCGAACUUCAAGACAUCGUUCCCACCGUCCGCACCACCAUUGCGGGCACUCGCAUCAUUGGCCGCCUCACUGCGGGCAACCGAAAGGGCCUUCUCGUGCCCACAACCACAACCGACCAGGAGCUCCAGCACCUGCGCAACUCGCUGCCAGACUCGGUCCGCAUCCAGCGAAUCGAGGAGCGCCUCUCGGCUCUCGGAAACGUCAUCGUCACAAACGACCACAUCGCCCUAGUCCACCCAGACAUUGAGCGCGAAACUGAAGAGAUUAUCGCUGACGUGCUCGGCGUUGAGGUGUUCCGUCAGACUAUCGCCGACAAUGUCCUCGUGGGUAGCUACAUGAGCUUGUCCAACCAGGGUGGUCUCGUCCAUCCCAAGACCCCCAUCCAGGACCAGGACGAGCUGUCAAGUCUGCUCCAGGUUCCUCUUGUUGCCGGUAGUGUCAACCGCGGCUCUAACGUGGUGGGCGCCGGCAUGGUUGUCAACGACUGGCUCGCCGUCACCGGCCUCGACACCACCGCCACCGAGCUCAGCGUCAUUGAGAGCGUCUUCCGCCUUGGUGAGGGCCAGGGCCCCAGCAACAUCAACACCAGCAUGAAGGACACCAUGGUCGAGUCUUUCUACUGA